AUGGGUUGCGUGUAUUCGAGGGCUUGUAUUGGAGAGAUUUGCGCUCCAAGAGAAGCCAGAAUCAAAGAGAGCCAAAAUGCGAGGAACACUGAGAUCCCAGUGUUCUCUCCCACCUCGUCCAAUGGCGAAGUAGCUGAACUUCGAGACCAAUUCAACCAAUCAAGCUUAGCCGGGGAUGCUGAGGUGGGCAUCACAAGGCUCUCUAGGGUUUCAUCCCAGUUUCUACCUCCAAAUGGGUCAAGAACUGUCAACAUUCCAUCAGGGAACUUCGAAUUACGGUACUCGUAUUUAUCUCAGCGAGGGUAUUACCCUGAUGCUCUUGAUAAGGCAAACCAAGAUAGCUUUUGCAUCCACAGUCCAUUUGGGACAAACCCAGAUGACCAUUUCUUUGGGGUCUUUGAUGGUCAUGGAGAAUUCGGAGCUCAGUGUUCACAGUUUGUGAAAAGAAAGUUGUGUGAGAAUUUGCUCAGGAAUAGUAAGUUUCAAGUGGAUGCUGUUGAGGCAUGCCAUGCUGCGUUUCUUGCAACCAAUUCUCAGAUGCACGCUGAUAGUUUGGAUGAUAGUAUGAGUGGAACAACUGCAAUUACAGUUUUGGUACGAGGUAGGACAAUAUGCAUUGCGAAUUCGGGUGAUUCAAGAGCUGUUAUAGCGGAGAGGAGAGGGAAUGAUAUUGUGGCCGUGGACCUUUCAAUUGAUCAAACCCCAUUUAGAGUGGAUGAGCUCGAACGGGUUAAGCUUUGUGGUGCAAGAGUUCUUACAUUGGAUCAGAUUGAAGGGCUGAAGAAUCCAGAUGUGCAGUGUUGGGGCACUGAAGAAAGUGAUGAUGGUGAUCCACCCAGGCUGUGGGUGCCAAAUGGAAUGUAUCCUGGGACGGCUUUUACAAGGAGUAUUGGUGAUUCGAUUGCUGAGACAAUUGGGGUUGUUGCCAACCCUGAAAUCGUGGUUUUAGAGCUUACACAAAAUCAUCCUUUCUUUAUUCUUGCUAGUGAUGGAGUUUUUGAGUUCCUUUCUAGCCAAGCUGUGGUUGAUAUGGUUGCAAAAUUUAAGGAUCCCCGUGAUGCUUGUGCUGCAAUUGUAGCAGAAUCUUAUAAACUCUGGCUGCAGUAUGAAACUCGUACAGAUGAUAUUACAGUGAUAGUUGUGCACGUAAAUGGGCUGACUGAUACUUCUGUUGGUCAAUCAGUAAUUCCUGCGGUUGCUUUACGACCACCUGUUCCUCAAGUUGUAGAGGUUACAGGAUCAGAAUCUCCUUCGACUAUUGGCUGGAACUCUAGGAACCAGCGCACAAGACAUGAUUUAUCAAGGGCACGUCUCCGUGUGAUUGAGAAUUCUCUAGAAAAUGGGCAAAUUUGGGUUCCUCCACCUCCAGCCCACAGAAAGACUUGGGAGGAAGAAGCACAAAUUGAGCGGGCUUUGCACGACCAUUUUCUCUUCAGAAAACUUACUGAUUCUCAGUGUCAUGUGUUAUUGGAUUGCAUGGAAAGGGUUGAGGUCCAACCCGGGGAUGUUGUUGUUAGACAGGGUGGUGAAGGUGACUGCUUUUAUGUUGUCGGCAGUGGAGAAUUUGAGGUGUUGGCAACCCAGGAAGAAAAGAAUGGAGAGGUUCCGAGGGUUCUGCAGCACUAUACAGCUGAUAAACUGUCAUCCUUUGGAGAGCUAGCACUAAUGUAUAACAAACCACUCCAGGCCUCUGUUCGGGCUGUGACCAGUGGAACUCUUUGGGCUUUGAAACGAGAAGACUUCCGCGGAAUUUUAAUGUCAGAGUUUUCUAACUUGUCAUAUUUGAAGUUGCUUCGGUCAGUGGAUCUUCUAUCAAGGUUGACAAUCUUACAGCUGAGCCAUAUUGCCGAUUCUCUUUCUGAGGUUUCUUUCUCAGAAGGGCAGACAAUAGUCAGUGGGAAUGAAGGCCUAGUUGGGUUGUACAUCAUACAGAAGGGAAAAGUGAGGAUUACUUUUGAUGCAAAUUCAGUUAGUAGUCCUGUUGUCUCUAGUCUCAAUUCUGAGAAUAAAAAAGAGGAUGAUAAUCCUCAGAGCAGUAAAGAGCUCUCAGUGGAGAAGACGGAGGGAAGCUACUUUGGUGAAUGGGUACUUCUUGGCGAACAUAUUGAUUUGUUUAGUGCAGUUGCUAUGGGUGAUGUCGUUUGUGCUGUUUUAACAAAGGAAAAGUUUGAUUCAGUUGUUGGCCCUUUGACAAAGCUUUCUCAGGAUGAUCAGAAGUCAAGUGAUUAUUCUUCUGAAGUUUCAAGGGAAUCUGUCAAGAAUAUUGAUAUUUCUGCUCUUACUAAAGUUGAGCUGUCUGAUUUGGAGUGGAGAGCAAGUUUAUAUUGCACUGACUGCAGCGAGAUUGGACUUGUACUUUUAAGAGAUUCAGGAAAUUUUCUUAGUUUGAAAAGGUUUUCAAAGCAAAAGGUCAGGAGGCUAGGAAAGGAAGCACAAGUGUUAAAAGAGAAGGAUCUAAUCAAGAGUAUGAGCUCUUCAGCCUGUGUGCCGCAGUUUCUGUGCACUUGUGUUGAUCAGACACAUGCAGGCUUACUGCUAAAUACUUGCCUUGCUUGUCCAUUGGCCUCAAUACUUCGCACUCCCCUUGAUGAGCCAUCUACCCAGUUUUGUGCAGCCUCUCUAGUUGCUGCUUUGGAAGAUCUCCACAAGAAUGACGUUCUCUACAGAGGCUUGUCUCCUGAUGUUCUAUUGUUGGACCAAACAGGACAUUUACAGCUAGUAGACUUCAGGUUUGGGAAGAAGUUAUCUGGCCAAAGAACAUAUACAAUUUGUGGAAUGGCAGACUUUUUGGCUCCAGAGAUAGUCCAGGGAAAAGGCCAUGGUUUCCCAGCUGACUGGUGGGCAUUGGGAGUCUUGAUAUAUUUCAUGCUACAGGGUGAAAUGCCAUUCGGGUCAUGGAGAGAAAGUGAGCUUGAUACAUUUGCAAAGAUUGCAAAGGGACAGCUAAGUAUCCCGCAAACUUUUAGUCCUGAAGUUGUUGAUCUCAUCACUAAGUUACUUGACGUUGAUGAAGACACAAGACUGGGAAGCCAAGGUUAUGAUUCUGUCAAAAGGCAUCCCUGGUUUGACGGUAUUGAUUGGAAAGGGAUCAGAGACUGUAGUUUUCCUGUUCCUCAUGAGAUCACCUCUCGUAUAACUCAACAUUUGGAAAGUCACUCAGAGGACUGUUCUUCUGUUCCUCUAGCUUCUCCAUCUCAAAAUGCAGAAGAACUUGACAAUCCUGAAUCGUUUGAUGACUGGUAG